AUGGCGUCGCUGGGGGCGGUGGAGGCGGCUGCGGUGAGAGGGGGGUCCCUGUUCCAGCCCCUCAGCGCCGAGGACGGCGAGCAGCGGCCGGCCGAGAUCGAGUCGCUGUGCAUGAACUGCUUCCGUAACGGUGUGACACGGCUCCUGCUCACCAGAAUCCCCUUCUUCAAAGAGGUCAUCGUCAGCUCCUUCACCUGUGACAGCUGCUCCUGGUCUAACACAGAGAUCCAGUCUGCAGGCAGGAUCCAGGAGCAGGGCGUGCGCUACACCCUGACCGUCACCUCGCGCCAGCACAUGAACAGGGAGGUGGUGAAGACUGACUGUGCCACGGCCCGGAUUCCAGAGCUGGACUUCGAGAUCCCAGCUUUCACCCAGAAGGGAGUUCUGACCACCAUUGAAGGGCUCAUUGACAGAGCUGUGGCAGGCCUGGAGCAGGACCAGCCCAUCCGCAAGGCGAAGGAUGAGGAGGUGGCAGCUAAAAUAGAGGAGUUCAUUGGUAAACUGAAGCAGCUGAAAGAAGUUCCUUCCCCCUUCACUUUUAUCAUCGAUGACCCUUCAGGGAACAGCUUUGUGGAGAACCCCCACGCUCCGCAGAGGGAUGACGCCCUGCUGGUCACUCGCUACAGGAGGACUCCCCAGCAGGCUGCCAUGCUGGGGCUGGAGGGAGAGGAGCAAGAUGAGGCAGCAGCAGACUCUGCAGAGGACCUGAGGAAUGAGGUGCUGCAGUUCAACACCAACUGCCCUGAGUGCAAUGCCCCAGCCAACACCAACAUGAAGCUAGUCCAAAUCCCACACUUCAAGGAAGUGAUUAUCAUGGCCACCAACUGUGACUCCUGUGGGCACAGGACGAAUGAGGUGAAGGCUGGAGGAGCAAUUGAACCCCAAGGCACCAGGAUAACCCUUCGGAUUACAGACCCCUCUGACAUGACCAGGGAUAUCCUAAAGUCAGAGACCUGCAGCGUGGAGAUCCCGGAGCUGGAGUUCGAGCUGGGGAUGGGAGCCCUGGGAGGGAAAUUCACCACGCUGGAGGGGCUGCUGAAGGACAUCAGAGACCUGGUUGAGAGGAACCCCUUCACCCUGGGGGACAGCUCUGCGCCUGGCAAGGCUGAAAAGCUGCAGGAGUUUGUUGGGAAGCUGCAAGAGAUCAUAGAGGGGAAGACAAAGGCUCACUUCAUCAUGGAUGACCCUGCAGGCAACAGCUACCUUCAGAAUGUGUAUGCCCCUGAAGAGGACCCAGAGCUGUCAGUGGAGCGCUACGAGCGGACCUUUGAGCAGAAUGAAGACCUGGGCCUGAACGACAUGAAGACGGAGGGCUACGAGGCGGAGGGAGCCCCGGGCCAGUAGCUGGGUGCAGCCGGACCCUUUAACCUCGUGGCUCUGGGGACUAGGACUUGUUGGGGGCUAAGAUCCUUUUCCCUGUCCUGAGCUGCCCCGUGGGCAGCAGGGCCGGGCUCUGAGGUCUUGCUAUGGAAGCGUACGGUGUGGGGAUAGCGUUCGGGGGCCCUGGGGCCGCGACCCCGAAUAAAAGCGUGG